UUGUAACUUAAACGAAUUCUGUAGGGAGGUUUGUCUAAAUAUUUAAACCCGAGAGAUUUCUUUAUAAUUACACAAACCACAGGGCAUGUGUAAUAUAACCCUAUAAAUUAUAAACCCCGCUCAGAAGCCCUAAAACCCCCCAGUCAUUCCCACAACCACCACCGCAACCGCCACCACCGUACUCGGCGACUCCGCCGCCAUCAGCACCACCACCACCACAGCGCCACCAAUUUCGCUAUGGCAAGAGCUUCGAUAUCAUCGCAGCUCCAGAUAAUUAAAACUGCCCUAAAUGCUUCCACAGAUGCCGAACCCGGCAAGAGGCGUCCGUUAACUCGGCCUUCAAUUCUAUUCGAUGCCAAGGCAGCUGCUGAUAUCGACAUCGACACCAUCUUCGGCAUCGCUCUCUCUGGUUUGGAGACUUUAAUAACUACGGAGGAGAGGUUUAGGAAUUACAAGAAUGAUUUGUUCAGCUCUCAGAGUAAGGAGCUAGAUAGGGAGUUGGCCGGCCAAGAAGAAAACAAACGAAUUAAUUCAUCUAUUAGCUCUUAUUUAAGUUUAUUAUCUGGAUAUCUCGAGUCCCAUUCCGCUUUGAAGACCGUCGAGUAUUUAAUCCGUAGAUACAAGGUUCAUGUUCACAAUGUGGAGGACCUGAUUUUAUGUGCGCUGCCGUACCAUGACACACAUGUUUUUGUUCAAAUAGUGCAAUUAAUUGACACAGGUAACAGUAGAUGGAAGUUUCUUGAUGGAGUUAAAGUAUCCGGGGCGCGGCUACCUAGGGAGGUUAUCGUUCAACAGUGUAUCAGAGAUAUGGGGGUUUUGGAGGCUAUUUGUAAUUAUGCUACACCAGUGAAAAAAAUUCAACCAUCAAAGCAUGUGACUGGCUUCUGCACUGCAGUUAUUUUUGAGGUUUUGGGACUCGUCACUGUUGAUAGUGAUAUCGUGAAGAUGAUUUUACAAUAUGUGAGUUCUGCGCUGCAACCAGGUGCCAGAGGACAGAACCAGAAGGCUGGUGCUCUGAUGAUCAUAAGUUUGCUAUCCCAAAAGUCAGCCUUGGCACCUAAUGUUGUCAAAAGCUUGAUGCUUUCGGUGGCUGACACAGCUAGGGCAGAAGCUAAAGAAAGAGGUGACUUGCAAUGGUUGCGCAUGUCGUUUAUGACAAUAAUCAGCAUUGUUCGGCUUCAAUCUGUGGAAUUAAUUCCCAAGAAGACUGUGGAUGUCUUAAAUGAUAUCAGGGAUAUUUCAGGAAUCCUUUCCGGAUUAGCGAAGGACUUCAACAUUGAUAACUUCAUAGCUGUGUUUCUGAACUCCUUACUGGAGUAUAGUGCUUCUGAUGAACAGUGCCGUCGUACUUUAUUGUCCAUAAUAGAGACUGUUCCUAUGAAAUUGAAUGUUGAUCGCGUAGUCUCUAGACUUCUCACGACAAGCAUGAAGAUAUGUCAGGGCAAUGUUGAUUCAGUAUCAUCUGAAUCAGUGAGCGGAGGCAAACAGAUUCUGGCUUCAAUCAGUCAGAAGUAUCCAAAUGAAUCACGUUCAGCCAUCUAUCGUUUCGUGAAGGAGACCAAGAUACAGUCCAAGAAAAUCAAUUCAACCUACGAUUUACUCUGCAAGAUAAUAGAUGAACAUUUGGGUUCAUCUCCACAGAUGCUGGAUCCAAAAAUAUCUUUUGCAUUGGAACAUUCAGAGGCAGGGAUUCGAAAGUCUGCUGUCUUGGGCUUGGAUAUAGCUGAUGUCCUGAGAGAGAAAACUGCUGGCUCGGCGAAGUUUGCUGCUAUUCAGGAUGCAUUAUUGCGCCGGCUCUAUGAUGAUGAUCUCAACGUUGUACUAGCCGUUCUAAAUUUGAAGAACUUAUCUGAUAUAUUGACUGCCCCAAGUUUGAUUGAGGCGAUCCAUAACGUGCUUCAAAGAUGUGUUGAACUCUUGCUGUCAAGUUCAUCAACGAAUACCUCUUCCCGCAACAAUGCUGCUUUAUUGUGUCUGCAACAAGUUAUCACAAAUUUCAAAGAUGAGGAACUAUAUUCGAAGACUUUAGCAACAAUGAUAUUCCCCUUACUUUUAAUUCAAUCCAAGACUGAGAGAUCAAACAUGAAGGCUUUGGAAUUGGCUAAAGAAUUAAAAUGUCCUUUGUAUAAGAACCUUGUCCUUCUUCCUUUGUCGGAGAAGGCGGAGAAGGGGUCUGAGAAGGGAUCGAAGAAGCAAUUGGACCAGAAAUUAGAACGUAUAUCUUCAGCUAAUUCUGUGAAUAUCAGUGAGUUAGCAAAGACAUUCUCAUCAAGUCCCAAGGAAUACAUGCCUUGGCUGAUUGAAUGCUGCAACACUCAUGAACUCUCAAAGACGUUGUUCUUCUUGGUUUUGUUGGAGUCUCUCGUGAUGUUGAAAAUGGAUGUUGGCCAGUUCUACACAAUUUUUGAUUCUUGUUUUCCAAUUCUGAAAAACGAGUGGGAGAAGCUUGAAUCACUCGGGAUAUCUGCAGAGCAGUCCGGAAAAAGAAUCGUCGAUGUUGAUUGUGAAGGAAACCUCGAUGUUGAUUGCAAAGGAACAAUAGAUGUUGAUUGCAAAGGAAUCCUAAAUGAUCUUCUUGACACUGACAUCAAAGACCUGAAUGCUGAGAUUCUUUCUUGCUUGUUUUGGAGGUUGUUGAAAGCUUUUAUUGCAAUAGCACCCGCAGAUCUAUCUCCGGAUAUGAAGGAGAAGUGGUUGUCCACACUUCAGGGUCUAUUUCUGUUCGCAUGUCACUCAAAAGAUGCUUUCAGCAAACAUCUGAAGUACCUAUUUAUGAAGUGCAAGAACCCUCUGUCGCGAAUAAUGUUGAAACUACUCACAGAAGAAGGCAUUCCCAAUACUGCUCAAAUUGAGACUCUUCAUUCUCUCUCACAUAUUUGUUCCCAGUUAGAUGAGAGUUCAACACUUCAACUCCUUGAGAAUUUCCCUUCUAUUCUCGUUCCAUUGUCAAGUGAUAACCAGAAUAUACGGUUGGCUGCCAUGAGUUGCAUUGAAGAGCUAUCCCCGUUGUGGUCCCGUAUCAGUAAGAAUGGCAAAAGUGGAGUCUCAUUGCAUUUUCUUGGAGAGAUGUUGUUCUUAAUUAUGCAGCAGAAGAAGAUGAUAUUGUCGGACAGAAAUGUUCUCGCUUCUCUCUUCACAUCUCUGCUCAGUUCAUCCUCUGAAAGCCUUUUGGUGCAACAGGCUAUUGGAAAGAGAUUUAAUGAGUCCACCAAAAAAGACAUCCUGAAUUUCAUGCUUGAUCAUGCUCUUGGACUUCCUGCCCAUGCCAAGCUGAAGAUUCUUUCUUUGAUCAAAGGUGCGGGGAGUAAACUCAUGUCUUCUGGGGUGGAGUCAUUGUUAAAUGAUCUUUUGGAAAAUCGUCGGCAGCAUUAUCUUAAGGAUGGCAAACUAUGCCCUAAAUUGUCACAAAGUGAAGUUGACAUAUUGUGUCUUUUGCUGGAGAUCUGUACUAAGGCAAAUUCAUCUGACGAAGCACGUGACUUUGGGAAGUUCAUAGUAGAGGCUUUACGGUUAAAUGGUGCGGAAGAGACUGCAGUUCUGGAGCCAUGUAUGACAAUUUUGAGAAAUCUUAGCAGUUCCAUUUAUGGAAGCAUGAAGCCUGAAACUCAGGAGCUUAUCUUCAGGAAUCUUUUGAUUCUAUAUAGAUGUCCCAAUGGUGGUAUACAGAAUUCCAGUAGAGAUACCGUGUUGAGAAUUAGUCUCAAUUGCUCAAUUGUUGAAAAGAUUCUUGAUCCCAUUGUGGAUCCGAAUACUUCCUCAGUUGCUUCAGCACAUGGGAAGAAGCAAAAAAGAUCAGUCAAAAACCAGGAUCGUAAUCAAUGUGAUGAUGCAACCCAGGGAAGAGAAAACCCUCUAUUGUUCUUGAGUGCUUUUCUUGAUGUGCUGCUAAUGAAGAAAGACAUAGUUAACAGAACUUCACUUAUUGGCCCCUUGUAUAAGCUGCUCCGCUUGACAUUUGAAAAUGAAGAGUGGAUGCUUAAAGCGCAUAAAGCUUCAUCUGGUUCUUCUCAGUCUGUUUCCGAUUUUACAGCUCACAUUCAACAGACUUUGCUCUUGACUUUGGAAGAUAUCUGUGUGUCUAUUGGAAAUGAUAUUGCACAUAAGGAUGUUGGUCACAAAUAUGACUUGCAAUUGUUAGUUGAACAUGCCUGUUCUUCAGAUGAUGUCGUUACUAGCAAUUAUGCCUUCUCGUUAAUCACUGCUCUUGUAAAGAUCGUACCUGACGAAGUCUGUGCCCGAACAUCCGAUAUUCUUACCACCAUGGGCAAAUCUACUGUAACACAGUUGGAUAGCCAAUCACAACGUGUCUUUGAAGGGCUUAUAUCAGCAAUUAUACCUUGUUGGUUGUCGAGGACCAACGACAACGACACAGACAAAUUACUUCAGAUUUUUGUAGAAGUGCUGCCACAAGUUGCAGAACGUAGGGGACUCUCCAUUAUUCAACAUAUAUUAAGGACUCUGGGAGAGGCCGAGAGUUUGGGUUCACUGCUCUUUCUCCUUUUCCAAUCAUUAAUUUCAAGGCAGAGCGAGCUUAGUCUCCUAAAUAAGCAAUGGGAGUAUGAAUUUGCUGUGCUGCUUUCUGAGCAGUAUUCAUGCACAAUUUGGCUUAGUUCUCUCAUCCUCGUACUUAAAAAAAUUGGAACCAGUAUUGAGGACAAGUUUAAGCAAAUGCAGGUUGCUAUGCAGUUUGUUGCAGAUAAGUUGCGAGAUCCUGAAAUUUCCUACAAGCUUCAGUUGAAAGAAGAUAUGCAUGACAUUCAGAACAUGGUUGGUGAACUUAUGGAGCAAGUGGUAUAUCAUCUGCAACUGGUGGACUCAAAUAAGAAGCAUUCACUCAAAGAGAAUAUUCGUGCUGUUUUGAGAACUCUUACGAAGGGACUUCCACCCUCUACCUAUUUCAAUGUCAUAAAAGAAUUGAUCAAUCACGGGGACAGCGAUAUGAAGAAGAAGGCUCUAGGGCUUUUGUCCGAGACUGUGAAGGACUUGGGUACAGGUGCGAAGCUUAAGAAGAAGGGUUCAGUGUCAAGCAUAAGAAGCUCAUGGCAGCAGCUGGAUGAGGUUUCUCUGAAAUCAUUUGAAAAAUUAUGCUCGAGUAUAAAGAAAUUACUUGAUGAUGCACGGGAAGAUAUAUCGAGUACUUCCCUGGAACUGGCAGCAGUAUCGGCUUUGGAAGUUUUAGCGAACAGGUUCCCUUCACAUGAUGAUGUCUAUAGCAAGUGCCUCAAAUCUGUAUGUAAAAGAAUCUGUUCAGACAAUUCUGCUCUCUCCAGUCAUUGCCUCCGGGCCACUGGUGCUUUAGUUAAUGCACUUGGGCCAAAAGCACUAGAGGAACUUCCUAGUGUGAUGAAAUGUGUGCUGGAGAAAUUUCCUGCAGAAACCAAGAAAACAGUCGACAGUGCUAUUGGGUCUUCAAGUUCUGUGGAUUCCCUCUUCAUGUCUGUUCUGCUAACCUUGGAGGCUGUUGUCAACAAGCUUGCUGGAUUUCUAAAUCCUUACCUUACACGCAUUUUACAGCUAGUCGUCUUGCAUCCACUGUCCUUCUCCUCAUCGGACCCGAAGUUGAAGUUGAAGGCUGAUGUCGUGCGCAAGCUUAUUACUGAAAAAAUUCCUGUCCGGCUUCUGCUCCAACCCGUGUUGGAUAUGUACCCUAAAUCUAUUGGAUUGGGGGAGUCGAGUGUAUCAGUUGUUUUUGAAAUGCUAGGUAACUUGGUUAGUUCGAUGGAUAGAGCAUCAAUAAGUGUCUAUCAUGCAAAAGUUUUCGGUUUGUGCCUGGAAGCUCUUGAUCUGCGUCAUCAGAACCUUGAUUCAAUUCAGAAUAUUGACGUUGUUGAGCAGAAUGUCAUCAAUGUUGUAGUUACCUUGACUAUGAAACUCACUGGGAGUACGUUCAGACUUCUGCUCAUUAAGACUAUUGAGUGGUCAGAUUCAAAUGUCGAAGGCGAUGAAAGUACACCAGGAAAAUCUGAUAGUCGGGCCAUCUCUUUCUACAGUUUGGUGAAUAAACUUGCUGAAAGCCAGACGUCACUGUUUGUCCCUUAUUUCAAAGACUUGCUUGAUGGCUGUGUUCGAGGUCUCGAUGAUGCCGGAGAUACAAAAACUACCCUGACCCAGAAGAAGAAGAAGGCAAAGCUUAAUGAUACCACAACGGACAAAGAUGGUGCAUUAUCUAUUCAAGUGUGGCAUCGUCGUGCUUUGAUACUGUCGGCUCUGCAUAAAUGCUUUCUCUAUGAUAGUGGGAGUUCGAAGCUUCUCAAUUAUUCUGAAUUUGAGGAUCUUCGUAAAGCCUUGGUAUCGCAGCUUGUUGUUGAGCCCCCAGUGUCAUUAAAAAAGCAUGCUAAUGUACCAUCUGUAGAAGAAGUGGAUGAUUCGCUGGUUGCAUGCAUUGGUCAGAUGGCUGUUACUGCUGAUUCAGACCUUUUCUGGAAGCCAUUGAAUCACGAGGUUUUGAUGCAAACUCGUAGUGAAAAGAUACGGGCCCGUGUGUUGGGAUUAAGGAUAGUGAAAUAUCUUGUAGAGAAGUUGAAGGAAGAAUAUUUGGUACUUCUGCCAGAAACUAUUCGGUUCUUGGAUGAAGUGCUGGAGGAUUCCGAGCUGCCUGUGAAAUCACUUGCACAAGAUAUUGUCAGGGAAAUCGAAACUAUGAGUGGUGAAAGCAUUAGGCAGUACCUCUGAUGUGAUGAGCCAAAUUCCAGACUGGAGUGGAGGCAUAUGUGACCGAAGCCCCAAAUCUAUCGGGGGCGCGCGCGGUCCUCUAUUACAAAUUUUGUCAGCAGUUGUAUCUGAUCUCGUGUAGAAUAUAGUAGUACUUGCUCUUUUGCGAAGGGCAAUUUUUAUAUUCAUAUUUAUAUUUGUGUAGUAAAACAUUUUUUUUUCUAUUCGUUGAAGUUUUUUGCACUGGGGGCUUGUUUGU